UCUUGAUGUAUAUUUAUGCAUUCAUUAAUUCUUUUGGUCUUGAAAGGCUUAAGAGGCUCUAAUUUGCCCGUCUCCUCCCACUAUUGGCACGGGUGCUGGCCAGUUUCCCACACUCUCAUCUCGUGCUUUGCCACGAAAUCUGCUACACACUGUCCUUUGGCCUGGCUGAUCUCAUACAAAUCCUCUCCUGCUAGAAUUCACUGCCUACAACCCUGCCAAUAAAAGCGAGGCUCAUCCCUGCUGCACAGAACUCUAUUUCUAUCCCCUGCAGCACAGCCACCUCCUUCUCCUGUGACCUGCCAGCCAUGAAGUUACUUCUGUUUCUUCUCAUCCUUCUGGCCAUGGAACCGGUGGUCUCAGCAGAGUGUUGGAUGAAUGGACAUUGCCGGUUGGGGUGCAAAAGUGAUGAAGACAGUCUCAUUCGUUGCUCAAAUCGUAAACGGUGCUGUGUCCUUAGUUGUUACUUAACAGUCCAACCAAUGACAGUUGAAAGAAUACAGCCUUGGACCGUUCCUCCGAUGUCCAAGCAAGUAGAACAUAAAGCCAAACCUGGCAAAAGAGGGAAUAUAAAUGGAUAUCGUGGAUAGAAAUGGCUUUGUUUCAGGUUCCU